UGCGAACCGGCCUCUGUCCUCUUGUCUUCCAAAAGUCAUCACCCGUCCUCAGACUCGCGCUAAUCAAGUCCUUUCCCCUUCCCCCUGCCCAUUCAACCCAACGUCAUCUGCGACUUUCACCAUCAGCCUCGACAAAAUCCCACGACGCCCUCAAUCAACACCCCUCGCGCGACAACAAGCCACGCCCGAGGAGAGGCACGACCAAGCAAUUCUCCGCUAUCCCAUUUCGCCACAGAAGAGUCAAGUCACGGCACUAGAAUCCGUCACCAGAACCAUCGCCCGCAAUCAUGGACACCAACAUGGAGGACGUGAGCCAACCCACCGAGCUGGCACCGCCUCUGCCCACCUCCGAGCCUGCGACUAUACCUACCCUCGACGGGUGGAUCGAGAGCCUGAUGAGCUGCAAACAACUGGCUGAGCCCGACGUUCAGAGACUCUGCGAGAAGGCAAGAGAAGUCCUUCAAACCGAGUCAAAUGUGCAACCGGUAAAAUGCCCGGUAACAGUGUGCGGUGAUAUCCACGGUCAGUUCCACGAUUUGAUGGAGUUGUUCAAGAUUGGCGGCCCCAAUCCCGACACCAACUACUUGUUCAUGGGAGACUACGUCGAUCGUGGUUACUACUCCGUCGAGACGGUAACCCUCCUCGUCGCACUGAAGAUUCGAUACCCAGAGAGAAUCACCAUCCUCCGUGGUAACCACGAGUCGCGUCAGAUCACCCAGGUCUACGGCUUCUACGAUGAGUGUCUGCGGAAAUACGGCAAUGCCAACGUCUGGAAGUUCUUCACCGACCUCUUCGACUACCUCCCCCUGACCGCCCUCAUCGACAAUCAGAUCUUCUGUCUCCACGGCGGUCUCUCCCCCAGCAUCGACACUCUUGACAACAUCCGCGCCCUCGACCGUAUCCAAGAAGUCCCUCACGAGGGCCCCAUGUGCGACCUGUUGUGGUCUGACCCCGAUGACCGAUGCGGUUGGGGAAUCUCCCCCCGUGGUGCCGGUUAUACCUUUGGCCAAGAUAUCAGUGAGGCCUUUAACCACAACAAUGGCCUGACCCUCAUCGCGAGAGCCCAUCAACUGGUCAUGGAAGGAUACAACUGGUCACAAGAUCGGAACGUCGUGACCAUCUUCUCAGCGCCAAACUACUGUUACAGAUGCGGAAACCAGGCCGCCAUCAUGGAAAUUGACGAGCACCUCAAGUACACGUUGUAAGUAACACCCAUCCACAACUUUCAGUGCGCACGACAAGCUGACAG